AUGUUCUGCGAUGGCUAUGUUCAGGCGAGGGUCAAUCCACCCGUUAAAAUCAAUGGGUUUGAGACCCAUACUCGCCGACCCAAUCCAUCUUCUACCGUUGAGAUACUUGCUGCAGUGAUGAAGAACCCUCAAAACUCUGCCACCGAUGUCGCCACUGAACACCCAACGCACCCUCCAGCUGUAGCGACGGCGCCAAAAGGAGUCCGCGCUCGAGCCUUUUUCACCGCCAUUCUCGCAUUCUUCGCGACCAGCUGGGCAGCAGGUCUUCAGAAAAUUGCCCAAUUCUAUGUGGGCUUUCCUCUUCGUCGUAUUCGUGAAAACGCUCACGAUGAAGGUCGUGUCGCAAACGCUGGGCUGUCUCGCGAUUUACCGCUACCUGACGACGCCAUUCAGCUCGCUAGGCUCCGCGAGAAAUGCGACUUCUUGCAAGCCGCAUGGGAAGACAAUCUCCGCCAGCUGAGAGCCAUCGAGGAGUAUUUGAGGACUCAUUUUCAUCACAGGGUAGAGGCGUACGGGUACCAGCUAUACAUCGCCGUCGCUGUUCCGAUGUUGGAAUUUGUUUUCAAUCUCGCGCAACGCCUUGACGCGACGUAUGAGCGCAUGAAGAACAUGGAGCAAGAGAAAAUCACGAUGAAGGGGGAAUGGGAGACUGAACGCCUGAUCCGAGCAGACGAGAUACGUUGCCUACGCGAAAGACUCGAAUUCGCCCAUGCAGAUCUGGAGUUGUGCAACGAGGAGAGAGACAUCCAGCGCCAGGCACGCAUGGAAGACGCGACUCGUCUCACGGAAGCCCUCGAACGUAUCAAGGUCCUUGAAGAAGAUUCGAGUGCUUACGAGGCCGACUUCCUUUCCGAACGGCGAGCUCGUGCUGACGACGCUAUUUGGUUCGAGUACGAGCGAGACCAGAUGCGAGGAGAGUACGCCGAAUUGUCGGAGAACCAUAACGAAGCAUUGACGAUGUUGAAGGAGUGGGAGCACGAAACCGCCGAAUGCGAGACUGAAUGGCGUCAACGGCAUACGCAGACAGAGGGCCGGUUAGCAGAUGCCUUGGAGAGGAUCAUGGACCUGGAGAGGGUGGCUGCCGAGAAUGAUAUGAACGUGGCCUUGGAGCGGGGAAGCUGGAUAGCAAAAGCGCGAGCUGACGAGGAGAAGAUCCAGAAGAUGAUGGCGAUCCAAACGACCCUCGAGCAGCACGGCCAGAGGCUCCAGGAAGACAUGGCUGGGGAGUUUUGGAGGAUGGCUGCUUCUCGCAACGGCUCAGGCGUAGGCGAUGAGGAUACUCUUGGUGAUUACGUUCGCGAACGCGCCGCACGGGACUUGGAACGCCAAACGCACGAAGAAACCGCGACUCGGUUGGCAGCUGCUCGUGAAAGGAUCGAAACCCUAGAACGGACACGAGCAGAAUAUGAGAGCAAGAUGGUCGACGACAGGAUUAAGUGGUCGGAAAGAGGUCAGCGCGACGCCAACAAACUUGCAGAGCUGGAAUCUGCGAACACCUUUUUCGUCAAAAGAGUUCAAGAUGCCGUGGCAGAUGGGUUGUUUGAGGAGACGGAGUUGGCAAUCCGUGCGAAGGAUGCUGAGGAGUUGGAUGUCGAAAGGAGGCUUCGUGGUGAGAUAAACGGAUAUAGGAAGAUCGUCGAGGAGCUCCAAGGCGUGAACUUGGAGUUGAAGAAGAGUGCGUGCCAGGCUCGUGCUGCGGCGGCCUUGAUGACGUGCUGUUCCUGUACGCAGCCUGAGGUGCCGAACGUAAAGGCGAGCCUCAAUGUUCCUGAUGGCUCUGGUGUUACCGAUGUUCCCGACGAAGUCCUCUAUAAAGAAGAGAAUGGUUCGGGUGUCAAGGACGAAGUGAAGUUGCUCGCCGUUCGGUUGCUGAGGCCGAAGAAACCGAGCAGGAUGCGGGACACUGGCACGUCGACUAACGUCGAGACAUCCGAGGCGGAUUCCCCGAAGCCUGCGACAUGA